AUGGCGAAAGCAGCCCCCACGAAGGUCCUUGAAGUUUGCAGGGUGGCACCACGACUCGAAGGAACCGCUUCCGCCGCCGCAUCGGAAACAUCUCUACCACUUACCUUUUUCGACAUGCUGUGGCUGCGCUUCCCGCCCGUCGAGCGUCUUUUCUUCUACGAAUUCCCCAACCCACCAGCCUCCUUCUUCCAUUCCCUUCUUCCAAAACUCAAACAUUCACUCUCUCUCACUCUCCAUCACUUCUUUCCUCUCGCCGGCAACAUCAUAUGGCCGCCUCAUUCCCCAAAACCCUUCAUCCAUUGUGUCUCCGGCGACGGCGUCUCACUUACCGUUGCUGAAUCGAACGCAGAUUUCAACGUCCUCUCAAGUUCCGAUUACUCCGAAACCCAAGAAAGCAUCCUGCUUGUACCCCACUUGGCUGUUUCCGAUGAGAAAGCCUCUCUCAUGAGUCUGCAAAUCACUCUGUUUCCGAACUCUGGCUUCUCUGUUGGAAUAACCGCGCACCAUGCAGCCAUGGAUGGAAAAUCUUCAACUUUAUUUCUGAAAGCAUGGGCUUAUAUCUGCUCUGAACUCGAUGAAUCCUCUUCAUGUUCAUCGCUACCCGAGAAUCUAAUUCCAUUGUUUGAUAGGUCAGUAGUCAAAGAGCCAUCUGGGGCUGCAGAGGUAUUUUCGAAUCACUGGUUAAAGGAAGGUGGACCAAAUAACAGAAGCUUGAUGUUGUGGGACAUGAAGAAGACAGAUCAAGUCAAGCGAAUAAGGGGUACAUUUCAAUUGGUUCCAUCAAACAUUCAAAAGCUUAAGCAGAUAGCAGAGUCCAAGCUGAACAAGAAGGUUCAUGUAUCGACCUUUUCAGUAACAUGCGCUUAUGUGUUGGACUGCUUAGUCAAAUCAGAACAAACAAAACAAGACAAGUUGUUGUUCGCAUUCACUGCGGACUGUAGAUCUCGUUUGAAUUCUCCGAUUCCGCCCACAUAUUUUGGAAGCUGCGUGGGGGCUGUUAAAGCUGUGGCUGAAACAAAGAGCUUGCUAGGGAACGAUGGGUUCAUUGCCGCUCUUGAGGCCAUAAGUGAUGGUUUGAAGAGAUUUGAAGAUGAAGGAUUAGGUGAAGCAGAAAGAUGGAUAUCUGAUAUGGUAAGUCUUAUGGAAACUCAUAGAUUUUGUUCAACUGCAGGGUCACCAAGGUUUGAGGUCUACGGUAUUGAUUUUGGGUGGGGAAGACCCAAGAAGGUGGAUAUAGUUUCUAUAGGCGAGACGGGAGCCUUUUCUCUUUCUGAAAGCAAGAAUGGCAAUCAUAAUGGAGGUAUUGAGAUUGGGUUGGUGUUGAACAGUCCAGAAAUGGAGGCUUUUUCUGCUCUUUUUCACGAAGGUCUUUCUUCCUCUUCAUGAAUCUAUCACAUUACACAUACAGCUAUACAUUCAUUUAAGAAAUGAAUUAUGAUCUCAAAUAUUUUUGCUGUUUUGGUAAUUGGAUGUGCUUUUUUUAGCAGUGUACCAAUUUCAUUUCUACAUUAUUACUUUCGGUCUCAAAUACAAGAGACCAGAGAUAACUAUGAAUGCUUCAUAUUUAUAUUUGAGAUCAUUUGGGGAGGAAUAACGAAAUGAUAGCAGAGAAAAGCCACUUCUUUAUUUUUA